CCAACCAUCUCUCUCUUCAAAAACUGAACACGCUAGCUUCCGUACAUCUUCCAUGUCUCCUCCAGCUGCUCCCUCACCGCUUGCUUUGUUAUAUCCAAAUCGAGCUUUCGCCGUCACAUAGUUAGCAAUCUUCAGCUAAUAACGUGCUUCGUGUCACAAUCAAGCUGCCUAUAUUAUGCCCUGACCGCCUCCGCCGCCGCCGCCGCCGCCAGAAUGGCAAACCGAUACCUAAAACGCCUCUUCCACAACAUGUACUGUAGCAAUAAUAUAUUGAAAAGGCAACAAACAUGCAGGAAGUUUCUGUAUGGUGUUAUAAACAGGAGCCAAUCAGAAAUGUCAAAAUCAGAAAAAUCAGCUCAAGUAUCUUCUCCUUCUUCUUCAAAGACUAAUAAAAAAUCUGGAGGUGAACUUAGCAACUACAGCUCUGGUGAUGACGAUUUGAGUGAUAAUAAGGGGAAAAUAGAGCUUGCUUGGCUUACUAAAGCUCUUGAACCUGCUCUCCAGUUAUGCAGGUGGGCUCUCUCUACAGGGAAUGGGGUUGGAAAUAAAAUUCCAGCGAGUACCCGAUCGGUUUCGGAAAUAAUUGCUAGCAUUCAGCGGAGCAAGAUUGCCAUUGAGGGUUGGAGUUUGAGUGAUCUCACGAUAGGAUUGUAUCUAAUUUAUCUGCGUCAGGCGUCAUUAAAUCUUUUUGAGGAUGUUAAGGGAGUUGAAGUUUUUUCGGAGUCGAUAGUCCAUGAUCUUAUCUAUCAUGUUGAGUUAGCAAAAGGUUGUUAUAAGGAUGGUCCUUCUGGACUUGUAAGGAAUAGCAUGAUCCGUGAAAACAAUGUUCUUAAGUUUGUAAAAAAUUCUAGUGUGAUGAGGCCUGGAUAUUACAUUGCCAUUGAUCCUAGAAAGAAACUAGUAAUUCUUGGAAUUCGUGGAACUCAUACUGUCUAUGACCUUAUCACCGAUAUUGUUUCCUCAAGUGAUGGAGAAGUCACAUUUGAAGGCUAUUCAACCCACUUUGGCACAACUGAAGCUGCUCGUUGGUUUCUUAGUCAUGAGAUGGGAACCAUAAGGAAAUGCUUAGAGAAAUACGAGGGAUUUAGAUUAAGGUUGGUGGGACAUUCUCUUGGAGCUGCAAUAGCUUCUUUGCUAGCAAUCAUGCUCCGUAAAAAGUCACCUAAGGAACUUGGUUUUAGCCCAGACAUUGUUACUGCUGUUGGCUAUGCAAGUCCACCCUGUGUCUCCAAAGAACUUGCUGAAAGUUGCUCUGAUUUUGUUAUAAACGUAGUAAUGAAGGACGACAUCAUACCUAGAUUAAGUGCAGCUUCUCUGGAAAGACUGAGAAAGGAAAUUCUUCAAACUGAUUGGAUGAGUGUGGUUGAGAAGGAGGACUGGAAGAGUGUGAUAGGUUUGGUCACAAAUGCAAAGCAGGUUGUCACUUCUAUUCAGGAUGUAGCUCAGAAACUUGCUGAUUAUGCUAAAUUUGGUAGCAAUAAAAAUUCUCCUGAUGGUUCCAUCACAAGAGAAUCCCUCGCUAUCCCUGCAGCCCCUUCAACUUCCAAAGCUACUACAGAGAAUGCUGUUAUCCCUGAAAAGGAACGAAAUGUCAAUGCAUUGCCGAAGGAGUUGUUUGUUCCUGGGAGCAUUUACUAUCUAAAGAGGGACAUCAACACUGAUGCUCACACUAUCAGUGGCAGAGGCAUGGAGCUUUUCACGCUCUGGAAGAGGCAUCCAGGUGAGCAUUUCGAGAGGAUAGUCCUCCCCGGCAACAUCAUUUCCGACCACAAAUGUGAUAGCCAUUACUAUGCUCUCAGAGAUGUGCUUAAAGGUUUGCCUGGUACCAAUAAUGAAAGCAUUUUCAAAUAAUUAAUGUUGCAAUAACGUUGUGUAAUAAAAAAAUUAAAUGUUGUCAAUCAGAAGUUAAUUUUAGAUCUGCAUAAUCAUAGAGGCAAUUUUGAGAAUUUAAA